AUGCAACCUCCGGAGGGUGUGCAGGUGGACCUGGGCAAGGCCCAGGUCAUCGAUCGUGUUCCGAAAGUUAUCAAAGAGCUCAAAUUCGGUGUGCUAUCCAACGAUGACAUUGUCAGCCAAGGUGUGGUGGAAGUCUCGGACCGGAAGUUUUUCGACCUCGACCAAGACAGAUCGGUGAUUCCGCAUGGACCCCUCGACUCGCGUAUGGGUAUUUCCAGCAAGAGUGCAACAUGUCAGACCUGCGGUGGUGCGCUCCAAGUCUGCAACGGACAUUUCGGCCAUGUGAAGCUUGUCUUGCCGGCCUUCCACGUCGGAUAUUUCAAACGAGUGAUUACGAUCCUACAGGAAAUUUGCAAGGAAUGUUCGCAUAUUUUGCUGCCCGAAGGCGAGCGCCGGACCUACCUCCGAGAAAUGCGUCGGCCGAAUCUGGAUAAUCUGCGGCGAUUGCAGAUCGCGAAACGGGUGAAUGAGCGCUGCCGCAAGACCCGAACCUGCGAACACUGCGGCACCAUUAACGGUGUGGUGAAAAAGGCGGGAAACAGCGCGCUGAAAAUUUCGCACGACAAAUUCCGAGCCUUCAAUGCCUCUGCGUCGGUGAAGAAAAUCCCGCCUCCCAGCAAGAUUGUGUUUGAUCGGUCGUUCGAGGAAGCUAGGGGCCAUAAUGCUGAGGUUGAGAAGCACUACAAGAAGGCUCAGGAUGAUCUGAAUGCGCUCCGAGUUUUGAACUUGUUCAAGAAAAUCUCGGACUCGGACUGUGAACUGUUAGGAUUGAACCCCAAGGAGGCGAGGCCCGAAAUGUUUUUGUGGCAGUAUAUCCCGGCUCCUCCGGUAUGCAUUCGUCCUUCCGUCGGCCAAGACGCCGCAUCCACGGAAGACGAUUUGACUGCCAAAUUGGGCGACAUCAUUCAGAGCAACAUCAACCUGAAGAACUCGUUGUUGAAGGGUGCACCGGUGCAGACUAUCAUGGAAUGCUGGGAUUACAUGCAGCUGCAGAUCGCCGUUUACAUCAACAGUGACGUUCCCGGCCUGAACAAGGCGGACUUGGGCAAACCCAUCCGUGGUUUUGUGCAGCGACUCAAGGGAAAACAGGGACGAUUCCGUGGUAAUCUGUCUGGAAAGCGUGUCGACUUUUCCGGUCGAACUGUCAUUUCGCCCGAUCCUAACCUCCGAGUGGAUGAAGUCGCCGUCCCUAUCCUAGUGGCAAAGAACAUGACCUAUCCUGAGGUCGUGACGCGGUACAACAAGGAGAAAUUGCAAAAGGUGGUCCGGAACGGCACUAAGAAAUGGCCUGGAGCAAACUAUAUCACGAAAAAGGGAUCGACUUUCAAGCUUUUCCUGAAGUAUGGUAAUCUCAAUAUGAUCGCCGAUCAACUGCAGGAAGGAGACGUUAUUGAACGUCACCUUGAGGACGGUGAUAUCGUCCUCUUCAACCGUCAACCCUCUCUCCACAAACUGAGUAUUCUCUCUCAUUUUGCGAAAAUCCGCCCGCAUCGUACCUUCCGACUCAACGAGUGUGCCUGUAACCCGUACAACGCCGAUUUCGAUGGUGAUGAAAUGAACUUGCACGUUCCGCAGACGGAAGAAGCUCGAGCCGAGGCAAUGGAACUGAUGGGAGUAAAGAAUAACUUGGCAACCCCGAAGAACGGAGAACCGAUUAUUUCCGCCAUUCAAGAUUUCAUCAGUGCGGCUUAUAUUAUGAGUAGCAAGGAUAAUUUCUUUGAUCGGCGCUCUUUCACGCAGCUGUGUCUUUACAUGCUUGGACCUGAAACUCGCUUUGAUCUUCCUCCUCCGUCUGUACUGAAACCACAGAUGCUUUGGACCGGAAAGCAGGUGUUCAACAUUCUUAUGCACCCGAAUAAGGAUGACCCCGUUCUGGUCAACCUGGACGCAGCAUGCAAGACGUUUAAGGCCCCCAAGGAUGGUAGUCCUCGGGAUUUGGACUUGAAUGACAGCUGGCUCAUCGUUCGUAACUCAGAAGUCAUGUGCGGUGUGAUGGACAAGUCGACUGUUGGAUCCGGAAAGAAGGACAACAUCUUUUAUGUCAUGCUUCGAGAUUUCGGUCCUGCAGCGGCUGCUGAGGGUAUGAACCGACUGUCGAGAUUAUCUGCACGCUGGUUUACCAACAUGGGUUUCUCCAUUGGUAUCACGGACGUUUACCCCAGUGACAGGCUUGUGCAAUCGAAACAGGAUCUGGUCGAAACUGCCUACGCGCAGUGUGACGAAGUCAUCGCCAAAUACAAGGCAGGCACUCUGGAGAAGUAUCCAGGUUGUGACGAAUUGCAGACCAUGGAAAACCAGCUUUCGGGUAUUCUCAGUAAGGUCCGUCAGCAGGCAGGAGACGAAUGUAUUGCGCAGCUCAGCAAGUACAAUUCUCCACUGAUCAUGGCCACGUCCGGAUCCAAGGGUUCUAGUAUCAACGUGUCACAGAUGGUUGCUCUGGUCGGUCAGCAGAUUAUUGGUGGUCAGCGUGUGCAGGACGGUUUCCAGGACCGGACCCUGCCCCAUUUCCCCAAGAAUGCCCGCCAGCCUCCUUCGAAGGGUUUCGUCCGCAACAGUUUCUUCUCAGGACUGACACCUACGGAAUUUAUUUUCCACGCCAUGUCUGGUCGUGAAGGUCUGGUCGAUACCGCUGUCAAGACCGCUGAAACCGGUUACAUGUCUCGACGUUUGAUGAAGUCGUUGGAAGAUCUCUCUACCAUGUACGAUGACACUGUCCGGAAUUCCUCCGCGGCUAUCGUCCAGUUCCAGUACGGAGAUGACAAACUCGACCCGGUAGAUAUGGAAGGUAAAGCCAAGCCUGUUCAUUUCGACCGGACUUUCACCCAUUCUGAAUCUACGACGUACGACAAUGAUGAGCGCAGUCUCUUGCCUGCCGAGAUCAUGGAGGUUUGUGAAGACAUGCUCUCUAAGGAGCGUGCUAAAUUGGUCCGGAAAGACCUUAUGGGUACUGAACUCGGCUACAUGGAUCGGUCAGACCAUGGAAUUGAUCAGUUUGAGAGUGCCCGUGACUUCCUCGACUCCAUCCAGCAAUAUGUUUCCACAAAGGCAGACAGGCUUAUUUCUCGCGGUGGUGACUUUGAUCCUAAUGAUGACAGGAGUCAGAAGGGUCUCAACCAUACUGGAAAGUUGACCGAGACGACUCUCCGUGCAUUCAUCUCUGCCUGUUUGAUGAAGUACAAGAAGGCUCAAGUUGAGUCUGGUCAUGCCGUUGGUGCAGUGGGUGCUCAGUCCAUUGGUGAACCCGGUACUCAGAUGACCCUAAAGACUUUCCAUUUUGCUGGUGUCGCCGGUAUGAGUAUCACACAGGGUGUUCCCCGUAUUAAGGAAAUUAUCAACGCGUCCAAGGAGAUCAGUACGCCUGUCGUUGCUUGCGAGCUUGUCACUAAGGAUAACAUCAUUGCGGCUCGAAUUGUCAAGGGUCGUAUUGAGAAGACCUAUCUUCGGGAUAUUAUUCACUAUGUCCGGGAGACAUGGACUGGCAAGGAGGCCUAUAUUACCGUCAAGAUCAACUGGAAGACCAUUCAGGACUUGGCGCUUGAAUUGAACAUCAGAACUAUUCUCGCCGCCAUCAAGAAUCAUCGGCGCUUCAAGGCCGAUGAUCUCAAGUUCCGAUGCUCGCGAUCGCAUAUCCACAUCCACAUGGACCUGGACCCUGCCAGCAAAGCGAGCCUCUCCAAGACGGAGAUUGCUUCUACCAGCGCUGAUCCGUUCCUUCGUCUCAAGCAUCUCAAGCGCAUGCUUCCCGAGAUCCAAGUCCUCGGCCACCCCCUGGCCUUCCGUGCAAUCAUCCGAACCGAUGAAACCUCCACUAAGAACACCCUCCUUGUGGAAGGUUACGGUCUGAAGGACUGUAUGACGACUCUUGGUGUUGACGGCCUCCGCACAUCCACCAACAACGUCAUGGAAAUGCGCGACGUGCUCGGUAUCGAAGCCGCCCGAUCAACCAUCACGCAAGAAAUCAGCGAGGUCAUGAAAGACAUGGACAUCGAUCCUCGUCACAUGCAGCUGCUCGCAGAUGUCAUGACCUACAAGGGUGAAGUCCUGGGUAUUACGCGAUUCGGUCUUGCCAAGAUGCGUGACUCCGUCCUCCAGCUCGCUUCGUUCGAAAAGACCGCCGACCAUCUCUUCGACGCCGGUGGUGCCGGCCGCACUGAUCUCAUCGAGGGUGUCUCCGAAUGUAUCAUCAUGGGCAAGACCAUGUCUAUCGGUACCGGAGCCAUGGAAGUCGUCCGCAAGAUGAACUUCUUCGAGGGUCAAAUAGGCGCUAAGAAGACUACCUUCGAAGAUGCCUGGUCUAGCACCGAGGCUCCUCUUGAGACCAGGAAGAGAAAGGGCCGUGCUUGA